CCCCUUUCUUCGUCGUCCGAAGAAGACUUCACGCCAGAAACUUCGAGAAGUUCCAGUAGACCGAACAGACUCUCUCCAUGGCUAGGGUUCCGAGCAAGCAUGAGCGCGAUCAUCACCUGGAUUUCGAGGGAUUUUUGAAUAACUUGCAGGAUUGGGAACUUUCACUCAAGGAUAAAGACAAGAAGCUGAAAUCACAAUCAGACAUGGGGAAGAUGGAACCUUCAAUGCUGAAUGCUGUUAGUAAUUCGUCCAACCUUGGAGUUAAUGGAAGAUCACAUGAAUCAAAAGAGCCUGGAAGCGGAAAUUCAAAGAAGAUUGGAGCAGUUGGUGUGGAUAAAAGACAAAUGGUUAAAACUUCAUCUGUAAAUCACUCUAGUACUGCCAGAGAAGAGGAUUACCUGAAAAAAUAUGAUGCAGUUAGCCGUUUAUCCAGUGGCUUCAUGAGAGAUGACAGUUCUGUAGAUGCUAAUUCAGAGAAAGAGUUGGGUAACGAGUUCUUCAAGCAGAGAAAAUAUAAAGAAGCAAUUGACUGCUAUUCCAGGAGUCUUGCACUAUCGCCAACUGCAGUAGCUUAUGCAAACAGGGCAAUGGCUUAUCUUAAACUUAAGAGAUUCCAGGAAGCCGAGGACGAUUGUACAGAAGCCUUAAACUUAGAUGAUCGUUACAUUAAAGCGUACUCAAGACGUUCAACGGCUAGAAAAGAACUCGGUAAACUUAAAGAUUCCAAGGAAGAUGCAGACUUUGCUUUGAGGUUGGAGCCACAGAACCAAGAAAUUAAAAGGCAGUAUGCAGAUGCAAAAUCUUUGUAUGACAAUGAACUUCUUAAGAAGGCAUCUGCGUCGCUAAAAGGACCAACACAACAGGUGCAAAAGGAAGUGAAGCUGGAUAAUGUUCCACGAUCUAUGCCAAAAAUUUCUGAAACAACGAGAGUUGCUGCACCUAAAACAGAGAGCAUGGAGCCUUUUAUAUCUUCUCAGAAAAAUCACAAUAUUGCCAAGAAAGAGUUAAAAGAAUCAGUCCAACAGCUUGCUGCUCGAGCAGCUUCUCUUGCCACUGCUGAAGCUGCAAAAAACAUUGUCCCUCCAACUUCGGCUUAUCAGUUCGAGGUUUCAUGGCGAGGAUUCUCUGGUGAUCGUACUCUACAGACUCGUCUGUUAAAGGCCACAAAUCCUGUUGCAUUACCAGAGAUAUUCAAAAAUGCCUUGUCUGCACCUCUCUUAAUUGAUGUUAUUAGGUGCAUUGCCACCUUUUUCAGUGACGAUAUUGACCUGGCUGUCAAAUACUUAGAAAAUCUGCCCAAGGUGUCGAGAUUCAAUAUGAUCAUCAUGUGUCUUCCACCCGCAGACAAAUCUGAUCUGCAAAGAAUUUGGGAUGAAGUCUUUUGUAACAAGGAAGUUGCAGCAGAUUAUGUUGAGAUUCUUCAACAGCUGUGCCCAAAAUACUGCAUUAUUAAGCAAUAGAGAAAUCUCGUUCUUCACACUGUUCAAUCCUAUUAAUGAUAUAAGCUGUUUAUAUUCACUUGAGCUCGGUUUGUGACCAGAAAUGUCGGCCCAAGUUGGAGUCUGGUUCGAUAAUUGAAGCUUACUUGUGUUUGAUGCUGUCUGAUUGAAGGCACACUGUCGGGUUUCUUUUGAAAUCGGUUGGACUUGCGUCGAUGUACAAUUGUUUUUGAAAUCGGCUGAAAUUACUAAUCGUUCUCCAAUAUGGUUUUUGUUGAACUCCUUAUAUAUUAUUCUUUGUUUUUUUUAAGGUUGGAUAUAGAGGCGGAGUCAUUUUAAUUGAUAACCACCAUUUCGUUCUUC